AUGAUGCAAGCUGGGGCUAUAGUGGGACCGAUUGACAGAUCUGUACUUGCCAAGUCGAUGGCACCUAGGGCUACAUUGAACGAUGUUCAUGAUCUUAAUGUUCCAUAUGAAGGGCCGGAAGAGUAUGAAACUUACAAUGCUAAUUUACUUUUCCCUCUGCAUAUAGAAGUUAGAACUUUGUUGCUUUCAGAUUCACCUAGGGUAGAUGAGUAUAUAAAGAAUCUCCGAAUGAGUAUACAUUUCCUAGUCAUAAUUGGGUAUCCUAGUUAUACGAAAGAGAACAGCUUUGUUGAGAACACCAUUUCAGACUCCAAUGCAAACACCUUUGCCUAUUCAAACACCAUUACCAUGAACAGCUCUAACAUGUUUACCAGGGACCAUGGACAAUCACAAUAUACCUACAAGAGCUGGAGGGUAUUGAUGGAUCUCAAAAUGAGGGCGUCAUCUCAACUGCUUGUGGUUCGGACUCAUCUCCCUCAAGCUCUUGUUGUUCCAGAUUUCCUUCUUGCAGUUGGUGAGUUCUUUUGUCCCAUCUUUGGGAGCCAUAACUGGAAAAGAGGAAGUCAUGGAUCCUAA